AUGGCUCAGCAAACAGAUCCGGAAAAUUCACCCAGUACUGAAGACACACUUAUUCGAAAUUCUGAGAAGAAAUCCGAUCCUCCAAGUAUCAGUGACUCUUCUGAAUCAGAUCAACUAGAGGAUUCACCAAUCAGUGGCACGGGUUCGUCGAAAUCCGAAACACCCCAGGAUGAUGCCGAAUUGCAAGAGGUUGCUCUUUCACGCACGCUUUCUCAACGGAAAAGCUAUGCAUCCGGUCAUGAGGGGAAAGAAUGGGAGCAAAUCGAAAGAUUAAUCUCACGGAUGUUCGGUAAUGAGCGGCAGGCCAACUCGGAAGAGGAGAAAACGCGACAUGCUGGAGUGGUUUGGAAAGGUCUCACUGUGAAAGGUGUAGGACUUGGAGCAGCACUUCAGCCUACUAAUGGAGAUAUCUUCCUUGGUAUUCCACGGCUUAUCAAAAGACUGUUGACGAGAGGCAGAAAAGGUACUGGGGCUGGAAGACCUGAACUGCGGACGAUUUUGGAUGAUUUCACUGGCUGUGUACGACCAGGGGAGAUGCUACUUGUACUCGGCCGACCGGGGUCAGGAUGCUCAACAUUUCUCAAGGUUAUUGGAAACCAAAGAUACGGUUAUGAAAGCAUCGAGGGUGAUGUUGAAUAUGGAGCGACAGAUUCGGAGACGAUGGCAAAGAGUUAUCGGUCUGAGGUCUCUUACAACCCCGAGGAUGAUUUGCACUAUGCCACCUUGACCGUGCGAGAAACCUUGCUCUUUGCUCUGAAGACUCGUACUCCAGAUCAAUCAUCUCGUAUCCCCGGAGAAAGCCGUAAAGACUACCAGCAAACAUUUCUCUCUGCGAUUGCCAAACUAUUUUGGAUCGAACAUGCAAUGGGCACGAAGAUUGGUAACGAACUUAUUCGAGGAAUUUCGGGAGGCGAGAAGAAGCGAGUUUCAAUUGGAGAAGCUAUGGUAACCAAAGCUAGUACUCAGUGUUGGGAUAAUUCAACAAGAGGACUAGAUGCGAGCACCGCACUCGAAUAUGUGCAAAGUCUACGUAGCUUAACCAACACUGCCCAUGUCUCGACCUUGGUCGCUCUAUACCAAGCAUCAGAAAAUCUCUUCAACCUAUUCGAUAAAGUGAUUCUCAUUGAGGAUGGGAAAUGUGCAUUCUUCGGUCGCUCAGAAGACGCGAAGGCUCAUUUCGAGGGACUGGGAUUCGAGUGCCCACCACGAUGGACCACGCCGGAUUUCCUCACAUCUGUUAGCGAUCCGAAUGCAAGAAAAAUCAAGCCUGGGUGGGAAAAUCGCAUUCCUCGCACGGCAGAUGAGUUCCAAGCUGCAUAUCGCCAGAGCGAUGUAUACAAAGCCACACUUGCGGAUAUUGAUGACUUUGAAAAUGAAAUGAAAUCUCAAGAACACGACAGAGAACUCGCCAGGCAGAAUUUGACUACCAAAAAUUAUACAGUGCCAUUUUGGAAACAGGUCAUGAUUCUCACACAUCGUCAAUUCUUGGUGAUGUUUGGCGACAGAGCCGCUCUGGCUGGUAAAUGGGGAGUUAUCGUUUUUCAGGCUUUAAUUGUGGGAAGUUUGUUCUAUGAUUUACCAAAUACCAGCUCUGGAAUAUUUACUCGAGGAGGUGUGAUGUUCUUCAUUCUUCUGUUCAACGCCCUCCUCGCGCUUGCGGAGCUCACAGCUGCAUUCCAAAGCAGACCAAUCUUAAUGAAACACAAGAGCUUUUCAUUCUAUCGUCCAGCCGCCUAUGCUCUCGCCCAGGUUGUUGUUGAUGUACCCUUAGUUUUUAUCCAAGUUGUGCUGUUCGACUUGAUCGUUUACUUCAUGGCCAAUCUUGCACGAACAGCAUCUCAAUUCUUCAUCAAUUUGUUGUUCAUAUUUAUGCUAACCAUGACGAUGUACUCUUUCUUCCGUUCGCUCGGUGCGCUUUGUGCAUCAUUGGAUGUUGCUACUCGCAUCACUGGAGUCGCCAUCCAAGCUUUGAUCGUAUAUACAGGCUAUUUGAUCCCACCUUGGAAAAUGCAUCCCUGGCUCAAAUGGCUAAUCUGGAUCAACCCAGUUCAGUAUGCCUUUGAAGCAUUAAUGGCGAAUGAGUUUUAUGAUCUUGCAAUCAAGUGUGAAACGCCAUACGUUGUCCCCGCGGGCUCUGGCGCACAGUCUGGUCACCAAAGCUGCGCAAUCCAAGGCAGUACUCCCAAUCAGCUGACGGUCCAAGGGGCCGAUUACAUUAAGGCUGCGUAUACAUAUUCGAGAAGCCAUCUUUGGCGGAAUUUUGGUAUCAUCGUUGCUUGGUUUAUUUUCUUCGUCGUUUUGACAAUGAUCGGAAUGGAGAUUCAAAAGCCCAACAAGGGAGGAAGCUCAGUUACGAUCUUCAAGCGAGGAGAGGCUCCCAAAGAGGUUGAAGAUGCUAUCCAGCAUACUGGACCCCCUGUGGAUAUCGAGUCUGCUGAAGAAAAACCUAUACCGUCGAGAAUGACGGAUCAAAGCUCGGAACAUACUGUGCAGGAAAUCGCCAGAAAUACAUCAAUUUUCACAUGGCAGAAUGUCAGCUAUACGAUUCCUUACAAAGGUGGUCAGAGAAAGCUAUUGCAGAAUGUCAGUGGAUAUGUGAAGCCCGGUCGACUUACAGCUUUGAUGGGUGCAUCUGGGGCAGGAAAAACAACGCUGCUUAACUCCUUGGCUCAGCGCAUCAACUACGGUGUGAUCACUGGAGACUUUUUAGUGGAUGGCAACCCUCUUCCAAAGAGCUUUCAACGUGCAACCGGUUUUGCUGAGCAGAUGGACAUACAUGAGCCGACAGCAACGGUCCGCGAAUCAUUACGAUUUUCAGCUCUUCUCAGACAGCCAAAGGAAGUCCCACUGCAAGAGAAGUACGAUUACUGCGAAAAGGUGAUUGAUCUUCUGGAGAUGCGAUCGAUAGCAGGCGCUACAGUGGGCUCUGCUGGCUCGGGCUUGAACCAAGAGCAGCGUAAAAGACUCACUAUUGCUGUGGAAUUGGCCAGCAAGCCUGAGCUACUGCUUUUUCUGGAUGAACCAACAUCAGGACUGGAUUCCUUGGCUGCGUUCAAUAUUGUUCGUUUCCUUCGCAAACUUGCCGAUGCAGGGCAGGCUAUUCUUUGCACAAUCCAUCAACCUUCUGCUGUCUUGUUUGAGCAAUUCGAUGAGUUACUUCUGCUCCAAAGUGGUGGACAGGUGGUUUACAAUGGACCUCUGGGGUCCGACUCUCAUAACAUGAUCCAGUACUUUCAGAACAAUGGAGGCAAGCAGUGCUCACCACAUGCCAAUCCGGCCGAGUACAUGCUAGAAGUCAUCGGAGCUGGGAAUCCAGACUAUGAUGGACAGGAUUGGGGAGAAGUUUGGGCCAAAUCAACAGAGUCCAAGAAUCUUUCCAUGGAGUUGAAUGACAUUAUUAGCUCGCGCCGCGGCAUGAGGACUGAUGGAGCCGCCGAAGACGAUCGCGAAUACGCCAUGCCUCUGUAUGUUCAGAUCAUGGCAGUAACGAGAAGAACCUUCGUCGCCUACUGGAGACUUCCUGAUUACAUUCUUGGAAAAUUCAUGCUACAUAUCUUCACCGGUCUUUUCAACACAUUCACAUUCUGGCAUCUGGGCAACAGCUAUAUCGAUAUGCAAUCAAGACUCUUCUCCAUCUUCAUGACGUUAACCAUCUCACCGCCCCUAAUUCAACAGCUACAACCACGAUACUUGCAUAGUCGAGGAUUGUAUGAGUCCCGUGAGUCUAACUCCAAGAUUUAUUCCUGGAGCGCCUUUGUAGUGAGCACUAUUUUACCUGAGCUUCCCUACUCCAUUGUCGCGGGAUCGAUAUAUUUCAACUGCUGGUACUGGGGAGUGUGGUUUCCACGAGAUUCUUUUAGUUCUGGCUAUACGUGGAUGAUGUUGAUGCUAUUCGAGUGCUACUAUGUUGGCUUUGGACAGUUUAUUGCAGCUCUCGCACCAAAUGAGCUCUUCGCAUCGAUUCUCGUUCCUGCCUUCUUCAUGUUUGUUGUGUCAUUCUGUGGUGUGGUUGUUCCUUAUGCCGCAUUGCCUUAUUUCUGGCAGUCGUGGAUGUACUGGCUCACCCCUUUCCAUUAUCUCCUUGAAGGUCUCAUGGGGGUUCUGACUCACAACAUUCCCGUUCGCUGUGUUGAAAGGGAAGAAGCUCACUUCAGUCCACCUUCGGGUAUGACAUGCCAGCAAUAUGCGGGGACUUAUGCCCGGGAGGCCGGUGGCUAUGUCCGUGAUGCCGCAAAUGGGAUGUGUGCGUAUUGUCAAUAUUCGUCGGGCGAUGAAUUUGCUGCCGGGUUCAAUGUCUUCUAUGCACACAAAUGGCGAGACUAUGGAAUCUUCUGGGCAUAUGUGGUCUUCAAUUUUAUGGCUGUCUUUGCCUUUUCUUGGCUGUAUCUGCAUGGGGUCCGAGAUGUGAAACGGUGGUUUAGUACCCGCAAGACAAAAAAGAUGGCGCAUUCUGGCGAGACAUAG